AUGCAAUCCCCCAUUGACUUCUCCAAUGGCCACCACCCGCGCCUGCAAUACAUCGAUCUGGCCUUUGAUAACGAGUCUUUGGACGACUCGGCUCGCGACUUAGUCUACAGAAUACAGCCCAAAUGGAGGGACAGUCCAGGCAAACUUGAAAUUGUCAAAUUCACCGACGGUAUCACCAACACUCUGCUCAAGAUAUCAAACCGCAUUCCAGGGCUUUCUGAAGCUGAAAUCGACCGUGACUCUGUCCUCCUACGUGCCUAUGGCAACCACACCGAAAUCAUCAUCGACCGAGAUCGAGAGGCCCGAUCACAUGCUUUGUGCGCAGAACGGGGAUUGGCCCCUCCCCUGUUGGCAAGAUUCAAGAAUGGACUAUUAUACAGAUUCAUCAUUGGUCAAGUCUGUACUCCUCGAGACCUGAUCAGUGAACCUAUAUGGCGCGCGGUUGCUAAGCGCUUAGGUGAGUGGCAUGCACGGCUGCCUAUUGCCGCCGUGGCAGAAGAGGAAAAGAAGGAGGCCUCAAGCGGCGCCAAUGGCCAUACUCCGAGUGGUAGUCUUGCUUCGAGGCGGCCUGUACCAAAUAUGUGGUCAGUAAUGCAGAAAUGGGUUACCGCUCUUCCCUGCGACACUCCAAAGAAAGAGGCCCGCAAGGAACUGCUCCAGAAAGAACUAGAUCGAUCGUUCCAUGACCUGGACAAUGAGCGAGGUCCCGGCUCGUCAGGCUUCGUCUUUGGACAUUGCGACCUCUUAAGUGCAAACGUUAUCAUGUUGCCAACCGACUGUGCCAGUAGUAAGGCGGGUGACUCGAUGCAGGUCUCCUUUAUUGACUACGAAUAUGCCACGCCUUGUCCUGCAGCUUUCGAUAUCGCCAACCAUUUUGCCGAAUGGGGUGGCUAUGACUGUGAUUACAACAUGCUGCCAACCCGAUCCACACGCCGCCAAUUCCUCCAAGACUACCUCAGGUCGUACCAAGCCCACAGCGACGUGCCGGUUCCUGACAACAUGCUGGAUGUUUUGUGCGAUGAAGUUGACCGAUAUCGGGGCAUGCCAGGCUUCUAUUGGGGAGUCUGGGCUCUGAUCCAGGCGACCAUUUCCGAGAUCGAUUUCGAUUAUGCUUCGUAUGCUGAGGUUCGGCUAGGUGAAUAUUAUGCCUGGAGGGCGGAAGAGAGUGGCAGUCGGGCACAACAAGGCAUUGAGAUGCCUCUUCGAGAAAGAAGGUGGGCAGAAGAAUGA